CACUGGCGACACCACACAGUAGGUGGCGGUAUUUGACUGUAAAGUUGGUUGCGACCCGCUAUAAAAUACAGAGGUAGAAGAAGCAGCAAGCGACACUGCGCAUGCGCAAGGUUCAGUGUCCGUGACCUUGAAGCAGUCUGCACUGAGGCGACACAAUGGGCAACACAAGCAGCGAGAGAGCUGCGAUGGGACACGGGGAGAAGGCCUUGCGGCGAGACAGCAGGGGCAACAAGGACGGCGAGAGGCCCAAAAUCCUCAUGGACAGCCCGGAGGAUGCAGACAUUUUCCACGGGGAAGACAUGAAGGCUCCCUUAGAGAAAGAAGAGUUCCUUGCAUGGCAAGACUUAGAAGUGGAGGACAAAGGGCCAACAUUAAACCGGCCAACUGUCUUUCGCUGGACUGGCGAUGGCAAGGAGGUCUUCCUCUCUGGAUCCUUCAACAACUGGGCGAAUAAGAUUCCUCUGAUUAGAAGUCAGAACACCUUUGUCGCCAUCGUUGGACUCCCUGAAGGAGAGCACCAGUACAAGUUUUAUGUAGACGGCCAGUGGACUCACGACCCAACUGAGCCUGUUGUUACAAGUCAGCUGGGCACAGUCAAUAACAUCAUCCAGGUGAAGCAAACUGACUUUGAGGUAUUUGACGCUCUCAUGGUGGACUCGCAGAAGUGCUCGGACAUGUCAGACCUGUCCAGCUCUCCUCCCGGGCCGUAUCACCAGGAUGCUUACGUUCCAAAACAAGAAGAAAAGUUAAAGUCUCCGCCUAUACUUCCACCACACCUGCUCCAAGUCAUCCUCAACAAAGACACUGGAAUAUCUUGUGAUCCUGCACUCCUGCCAGAGCCAAACCAUGUCAUGCUCAACCAUCUUUACGCACUUUCCAUUAAGGAUGGCGUUAUGGUACUGAGCGCCACCCAUCGCUAUAAGAAGAAGUAUGUCACCACCUUGCUGUAUAAGCCCAUCUGACCAACGACCAUGCAGGUGUUUUGAAAAAUUGGCUCAAGCUAUAGUAGGACUUUGUCACUUUAUCACAUUUACUUCACUGGAUGUGUUAGUUAGUGGAGUUGUAUACACACUAAUAAAAGAAAAAGAGGAAAUAAUUAAUUUGCAAGAAAGAUAGGCGUAGUUUAAAACCUAUGUCACACAGUCAGAGAUGCUACCAAAACGCCCGUCAGAGCUGUAACAGUUUGGUAAACUGCAGCACUUUCACACAGUAAUCGGACAUCAGGUGAGACAUCUGAAAUGCUAAAGUAUGAAACUUCACACCCCCACAUUCCCUUUUAUACACGACUUCUACAGUACAACCUAAAAAAGAACGCGCUGAGGGGUUUAUAACUCCAUUUCCUGCCUUUCCGUGCAACUUUCGUCUGCUUUAUAUGAUGCGUUCAGGGAACUCAGAGAUGUAGCCCGUGUGAAGCUUAGGAGGUUUGAUAUUACAAAAACAUAUAAUGGCUGAUGAGCGUGACCAUGAAUACAGUAAUUGCAUGGUUAUUGAUCCUGACAACUUAACCGUAUUAUUGUUUGGAAUACAUUUCAUUUCAUAUUUAGACACUUAUUAGUUUGGCGCCAAUACUGCGUUUUAGUGCACUUAGGGUUUGGAUUAGUAUAUUCUUUACAAGUGGUACAGUGUUAAAUCAGUGCAUUGUUGAUCUUGAAAAUUAGCCGUACUUUUUUUGGAAUACUUUUCAUUGCAUAUCUAGACACUAAUAAGUUUGGCGCCAAUACUGCAUUUUAGUGCACUUAGGGUUUGGAUUAGUAUAUUCUUUACAAGUGGUACAGUGUUAAAUCAGUGCAUUGUUGUUGAUCCUGACAACUUAGCCGUACUAUUUUUUGGAAUACAUUUCAUUGCAUAUCUACACAGUAGUUAGUUUGGCGCCAGUACUGCGUUUUAGUGCACUUAGGGUUUGGAUGAGUAUAUUCUUUACAAGUGGUACAGUGUUAAAUCAGUUUAUUGUUGUUGAUCCUCACAACUUAGCCGUAUUAUUGUUUGGAAUACUUUUCAUUGCAUAUCUACACACUAAUUAGUUUGGCGCCAAUACUGCGUUUUAGUGCACUUAGGGUUUGGAUUAGUAUAUUCUUUACAAGUGUUACAGUGUUAAAUCAGUGCAUUGUUGUUGAUCCUGAAAACUUAACCCUAUUAUUGUUUGGAAUACUUUUCAUUGCAUAUCUACACACUAGUUGGUUUGGCGCCAAUACUGCGUUUUAGUGCACUUAGGGUUUGGAUUAGUAAAUUCUUUACAAGUGUUAGUGUGAAAUCAGUGCAUUGUUGUUGAUCCUCACAACCUAGCCGUAUUAUUUUUUGGAAUACUUUUCAUUGCAUAUGUACACACUAAUUAGUUUGGCGCCAAUACUGCGUUUUAGUGCACUUAGGGUUUGGAUUAGUAUAUUCUUUACAAGUGAUACAUUGUCAAGUCAGCAUGUCUAAAAUGAGGCUGAAGAGUGUUUUCGGAUCAGAUCUUUCGAAAUGACAAUGCCAGAAAAUGAAAGUGAUGUUAAAGGAAGUGAAAUAUUGCACUGUAGUAGCUCUCCACUGUUUAUAUUAUCAUCUCUUUGUAUUAUAAGCUCAUCUUGUUUAGUGAAAAUAACACAUUAUAAAACAUAAUGUAGACUAUUUAUUUAUUCACUUGAUUAUGUGAUGAUUUUUUUUUUUUUCCUCAUUUAAAUUUUUGGACUGACCAGUAUCAUUUUGCACAGCAAAUACCAGGAUGAAUGUAAAGUAGAAGACACGUUACAUUUACUGGAACUUGCCAGGAUUUCAGACAAAAGGCAUACAGUCGUCCCUCGUUUGUGUUGAAUGGACGGUGACAAAGUAGGAUUCUUAUUUAUAAAUUAAAUAUUUUCAUUGUUAGAGCAUAAAAACCUUCUAAUAAUAUGUUUUUAACAUUAUCAUAGCCCUUUAAACAUGAAAUAACAUACAUAGUCAUCUUUACACUCGUUCUGCACACUGGUCGCCAAGCUUCAUUGCUUUGGCCGCCGUCAAGGCUACAUGAAAAUAAUUUGUCACAUCCUCUAAUUCCUCUCAGCUGGAUGUUGAGGUGCUGAAAAAAUGGGCGUACGUAGUUCUGCCAAAAGUUGAUCAUCUUGAUCAUCGCUGCAAAGGUUGCGUCAUAGUUAGCGUUGAGAGUCCUGCUGCGUUUUUUUAGCUUUGGACUUCACUCACGUCAAAGUUUCCCCUAAUGUGGAGAUGUCAUUGUUGAGGCAGAAGUCAAGGAUGAAAUGCAUGAACAAUUUUACUCUCCACUUAAGAUUAAAACCAGGAAUGGAAUCUUCACCAUGAACAUGGAAGUCCAUCUUGUUGAACUGUGAUCUAUUGUGAUCGCCACAACAUAACAUAACAUAAGACAAAUACUGCACUGUAGCACAUAUGACACUUAUUUUAGGCCACAACAUACGUACAAUUUGCCUAAAAAAACGUUACCGUGAAUUUACAAAAGUCAAAGCAUAAAAUGGCGAUGGACACCUGUCAUAAAAAAAUAAUCUGUUUUGGAAGUUGUAGCUGCAGGACUCGUCAUUAGUUCAUAGUUAUUAACUUCUGCACUGCAAAAAGUCAAUGUUCAAAACAAGACAAAAAAAAUCCAAAAUUGAGGUUUAUUUUAUAUGAACUAAAUAAAAUGAUCUGCCAAUUGAAGAAGACAUUUCGGCUUGUCAAGACUUUCCAAAAGAAGUAAAAAUAGCUACCGUAUUUCCUUCAAUUGCCGCCGGGGCACUAAUUAUUUUAAAACCUCUUCUCACUCCGGCGUUUACCAAAAGGCAUACGGUAAAUUUAGGCCUGCGCUUAUAAAUUUGAGUGUGAUGUAAGGAUACCAUCAUGAAAAACACAUUUAAUAAAAAAAACGUUAACGGUCUUACCUUUACUUAUAAAUGAAGUCCAUGCGCAGCUCCUUCUGAUCAAAAGCAUCGAUAACUUGUUUAUAGAAGUCUUCCCGGGUGCGGCACCGCUGCUGCCCACUGCUCCCCUCACUUCCCAGGGGGUGAUCAAGGGGAUGGGUCAAAUGCAGAGGACAAAUUUCACCACACCUUGUGUGCGUGUGACAAUCAUUGGUACUUUUACUUUUCCUUAUCUUUCUUCAGUUUUAAAAGUCUCUCUGUCUCGAUGGAGAUCUUCCUUUAUUACCUCCUGCUUCGAUUGAAAAUCCAGUUUAUAAAACUGUUUUGAUUUAGAUAUGUAAUCCUCCAUGUUAAAAUUGCAAGCGAGAGGAAAAACUAAACGAUCGCUGCUCACUCUUGCUGCUUGUUGUCACUUCUUCUGCAGCCGAGUAGUCGCAAGAAGGAUCACUAGCGCCCUCUACCACCAGGAGGCGAGAGUCAUUUAAUGACUCAUAUUUGACACACGCAGCUACGGUAUAUUAAUAAAACAUAGCUGCUUACUGUUCUUUUUAGCAUAUUCAAUAGCUUGGACCCUAAAUCCUACUGAAUGGCUCUAAAUCUUCUUCCCUUUAUGCGAUUUCAAAUGAUUGAAAUCAGCCUCCUCCAUUUUGUUAAUGAUGACGGGGGAAGUGUCACUCGUGACCUGACGAGUUUGACGCGGCAGAAAUUGUAGACAUGCGCUAAUAAAUAUAAUAUUUUGUGAAACGAGUUUGACCCGGCAGUAAUUCUAGGGAGGCGCAUACUAUGUACCCGACGGCAAUUCAAGGAAAUACGGUAACUUCAAUGAACCCAAAAAUACCUUAAAAUAAGUAUAGUCUCACUAAUAACAAGUGCACUAUUCUUGGUAGGAAAAAAGAGACCUUUAUUCUCAAUAUGUUGAACAACAUUCUUAAAUUAAGUAAAGGCUAGUGCUAUUAUCUUGACAUAAUAGCACGGCAUCAUGAUUUUUUUUUCAGACCUGAAGUAAGAAUUUAUUACUUUAAAAAAGUAGUUUUAUAGUUGUGAGUGUUAACGACACAGCUUUGCAUCAGUUAAUAUUCUAGUUUCAAGCAUGUUUUACUCAAUAUAGGUCAUCAAAUCUCAGCAACAAGCAGUAAUAUCUUACUGAGAUCAUUUAGGACCAAAACAAGUAAAACACUAACACAACAUCUGCUUAGUGAGAAGAACGAUUUUAUCAGACAGAAAAUAAGCAAAUAUCACCCUUAUUUGAGAUAUUUCAUCUUAGAUUUCAGUUUUUGCAUUGCGUCCAAAUCUCUUUAAGAUUCUUCACAAGAUGAGCCAGCAUUACACUGAGCUACCAUUGCACGCUACAGUGGAAUCCCGAUGUAAUAACCUAAAUGAUUCUAGAAUAGAGUCUGUGAAUACAAAAGUUUAUAUAUCGAAGCUAAUUUCUCCAUGAGAAACAAUGUAAAUAUGAAUAAUUGGUUACAGCCUCGAGAAAAGUCCAUAUUUUAGUAAAUAAUUGUACACUUUGAACACAAUAUACAGUGAUAACUAGUAGUGUAUAUCAAACAAACAUAAUGAAGGAUGGGUUAACUUUCUAUUUAAUGACAAAGGCCAAAUAAAAACAAAAAACCUUCUAUGCAGCCUCCUUGCCGACACGCACAAACAUGUUCACUCGCUCUGUAGGGCAAUCGCAGUUUGAAACUCUUUAAAGGGGAACUGCACUUUUUUGGGGAAUCUUGCCUAUUGUUCACAAUCUUUAUGAAAGACAUGACGGAUGGAUUUCAUUUUUUCAUUCAUUCACACUCCGCUUAAAGCGGAGCCAAAGGGAGAUCCUUUAUUUCACCCACAAAAUACAAUAAAUAACCAUUUAAAAACCUCCAACACUACUCCGAUUCGCAUUUCACGAUUUGAAGUAUUAGUGAUAUUGUUAUUAUAACCACUAACUCAGGCGGACUAUUUAUAGCGGCAACGUGAUCGCAAGCCUGUGUACAAUUUUGACAUCGACUGGUGAGGCGUUUCAUUUCUUCAUUGCUCCCUGUAAGUUUAUUCUAGCUCAUAAAUCAUGCAUCUCACCUGUACAGAAGAAGUCGGAGGAUGUUUCCUGACAAGUUGGUACACUUUAACAGGCAUUUAGUACUUGAAAAUGGAGAGAAUGACCCUAGCUUGGUGCCCCACCCCGUUUCUUCCCGAGGAUUAUGAGUGAUUCUUCAUCUAAAUAUGAAAAUUAUAGCAGUCGGCAUCCUAAUGACAGCAGACAUUAUACAGUAAGUGAUGUUUUAUUAUGUUUGUUGGCUCUCAUGAAGUCUGCAGUGAGUAAUAAUCAUCGAUGAAGGGAAAAAAAGAAAGUUUUUUAAAAUAAUGUGCCGCGUAUGCUCAUAUUGAGCUAACAAAAAUUUUAAACAUUUUUUAAAAAGGCUUUAAAAACCCCAGCUGAAAAUCACACAAUGUAACACUUGGCACAGUAGCCUGCAUACUGAAUGAGCACCGCAAAGAGAUGAUAGUGCGUAAUAGCUGCAAGGCACCUAAUGGUUGGAUGAAAAGUUGGGUCCGUGGUUCGUAAAUCCAAAAGUUUGUUCAACGAGAGGUUUUGAAAUUAAGGUUUGGAAGAAAUAUUAUAUUCCAACAACAUUGAAACAUUCCAGGGUUUGAAAACACAAGCUGCUAUGCUACUAAAUAUACUUGAUGAAUGCUAAUAACUAAAAAUGACAUUGGCUGGUUGAACAUGAGCAGACUUGACAUUAAAGUAAAGCUCCUUAUCAAAUAAUUACAAAUGUAUAUAUUUGAUAUAUUUCCAUUUUUGAUAAGAACUAUGUUACUCCCUUAUAUAUUUUUUCGUUUGGUUUUAGUCAUUGUUAUAUGCCACCAUUUGAAAUUAUUUGCUAUUUAUUUAUGUUGUAUCCCACAGGCCAGUAAGGAAAUUAUUUAUGAAGUAAAUUGUUCAAUAUGUUGCAUACAUUUCGAACUAUGUUGUCACUCUUUUCAUUGAGAAUCAUGUUACGAAAUGCACUUUGUGUGGACUUGAAUACAAAUGUUCAUCCAGAACUGUGUUUCUCAAUUGUUCUGUCACGAAUUAAAACACUUUGGAGAACCUGA